GGGUUGGGGACAAAUAUUCAGGGACGAGCCAUUAUUUGGGACUCAGACACCCUAAAAGAGGUUUUGAAUGAAGGCUAACCCCAUGGGGGAGGACUUGUGGAGAAGGGAGCGGGAGUUGGGGCAUCUCUUGGGCUUGGAUUGGGUUUGGCAUGAGCCGCAGAAGAUCUCUGUCCCUUCCCCGGACGCCCCACUCCUUUCUCCGGUACCUGCAGCCGCCACCACUUUUCGAAGGUAAAUACCUCGUGGUAAGGGGUGGUGGCGUCGUGACGUCAGGGCUGCCCGAGCCCACCGCCCGCCCGGAGGCCCGCCGCUCAGGCCACGCCUCCUCAGGCCACGCCCCCGGGAGAGCCACGCUCCCGCCCGCUGCCCUGGGGGCGGUGCCCACACCACGCGUGGCGGGGCGCAGGCCUAGCGACCCUGCGGGCGGACUCGCGGGAUGCCAUGGGGUCGAAGUCCGGGCCGGGGAAGGGAGGACAUCCUUGAGCAGGUGGCCGCGAGCGGAGCGCCAUCAUUACAUAGGAGAUGGCAACGAGGGCAGCGUCUUCGGAAGUUGUCCCUGCGAUAAGAAGAUCCUUUCUGCCCCUCGACCAGAGUUAAUGGAUCAUAUCCGAAAAUACCUGAAAGCCUACAAUCACUGUCCAUCCUAUGUCAGGUUCCACCUCCAUUCCCAGAAAGUUUGUGGAGGCAGCAAAGAGCCCUGGGUUCAAGAAUUGAUGAGCUGCUUAGAUCGCAAAGAAUGUGGAAGUGCUCAUAAGAAGAGGCUGACUGACCAGAAGCAUCUGCCUCCCACCAGCACCCCAAUUCCUGAGCCCACAGAGGCAGCAUCUCCAGAUAAGAGCACUCUUGCCCAGACUCAGCAUACUCAGCAGUCUACCCUCCCACCAGGGCCGCUGCCCUUAGACAACCAGUUCACCCUCCUCUGUGAAACCACUACUCCCACUUCCACCUAUAGUCUGGGAGCUAGGCCUGAGGCUGUAGGGAACCAUAAGCAGCAGGAAGAAAAGGGAGCUGCUACAGCUGGCACAUCAGCUGUGGUGCCAGUGCUGUCUCUUCUGGCCAUCGCCUUCAUCCUCACCGGAGUCCUCCUCUUUGUGCUAUGCAAGAGGAGGAAGCAGUCAAAAGAGUACUCCUCAGAUUUGCAGCUUCAGUAUACACUUGUGACACCAAACUCCAACACACCUGAGCCACGGAUGGAAGCCUAAGAGCGUAUGGACUGAGCUGCUGUGGAAGUUGUGCUUGCCCGUGAUCUACCACUGAAGUGUACUUAGGAUCUCACUAUGUAGCACAGGCUA